CCCGCCAUGAUCAGUUGGCCUUGUUGCACGAACACCGGCGUGAAAUGAUGAUUUUUACUCCAAAACACUCGACAAUAAUAAUUUCUGUUUACCAUUUUUAAGUGUCAAAGUAUCUGUGUAUAAAAGAGAAAAAACUCGUACGACUUACACACAUCAAUGAUUGUUAAAUAAAUGUUAGAUAUAUUAUUAUUUUUGAAUUAAAAGUUAACUUUUUAAAUAAAACGCGUAAAAUUUAUCAGUAUGAAUCAAUGAUUCAAGCUAAACGUAUCAACUUGAUUUUUAUUUAUUAAAAAAAAAAAAAAAACAUAAAAAUAGAGCUUUGUUGUUAUAAUAUUUCUUUUGUUUAAAAUAUAUUAUUUAAUUUUAUAUUUAAAAAACAAGCUGAUAAUUAUUGAAUUUUGUUUAAUUAAAAAAUAAUUGCUUUAAAUAAUGAAGGGGCGUUCAAUUAAUUUAAUUUUACAAAAUGGAAUUCGUGGUUGUUUAAAUUCAUUGGGUCAAAAUGUCACGCCACGAUAUUGUCGUCAGGAUAUCAAUAAAAGUCUUAUCAGUAAACACCAGCUUGGGCCAGCAAGUGUUCGCAUGGCUCACAGUAUGGUCCAGGCAAAUUGGGUAUCAAGUAAAGAUGAAAGUCGUGAAAUGAUGGGUUUAUGGCCGGACAUUGUAAGAGACCUAACUGAAGCUGGUCGUCAUCUUGAUAUUCCUGAUGCAACAAAAUGGAUGGCUAAAGUCUUGCAGUACAAUGUUCCUGGUGGAAAAAAAAAUCGUGGUCUAGCAGUUGUUUAUGCUUACACAAAGCUAGUACAACCAGAACAAUUAACUGAAGAAAAUUUAAGAUUAGCAAGAAUACUAGGAUGGUGCACAGAGCUAAAUCAAGCAUUUUUCCUGCUUGAAGAUGACAUAAUGGAUCAUUCAAAAAGUCGAAGAGGCCAACCAUGUUGGUACUUGAAUAAUAACAUUGGCCUUGCUGCUAUUAAUGAUGGAAUUAUUUUGGAUCAAUUAGUCUAUCAACUUCUUCGUACUCAUUUCAAAAACAAACCUUGUUACAUUGAUCUCAUUGAAACAUUCCAUCAAACAACAUUAAAAACAUCAAUGGGACAAACACUGGAUAUGCUAUCAACCCAUUUUGGCAACAAACCAAAUUUAAGCUUAUUUACAAUGGAUCGUUACAAUUCAAUUGUUAAAUAUAAAACUGCAUAUUAUUCAUUUGUCAUGCCAGUUACAUUGGCCAUGUAUUUUGCUGGUGUAACUGAUCCAGAAAUUCAUAGACAAGCAAAAACAAUAUUACUAGAAAUGGGACAUUUUUUUCAAAUUCAAGAUGAUUAUUUAGAUUGUUAUGGUGAUGAAUCAGUAACUGGUAAAAUUGGUACUGAUAUUCAAGAAGGUAAAUGUACAUGGCUUGCUGUUGUUGCACUUCAACGUGCAAGUUUAUCACAAAAAGAAAUUUUCAAGGAAUGUUAUGGCUAUGAUGAUCCGGUGAAAGUGUCACGUAUUAAACAGUUGUAUGAUGAUCUUGCUUUGCAACAAACAUAUUCCGUUUAUGAAGAAGAAAGUUACAAUCUUAUGAAUACUCAUAUACAACAAAUAUCACGUGGAUUACCUCAUGACCUAUUUUUUAAAUUUCUUUCAAAAAUAUAUCGUAGAGAUAAGUAAAUUUUUAUUACUUAUUAAUACAAGUUAUUAAUAAUUAUUAUAAUUACGUUUUUGAAUAUAUAUCAUUUGAUAAUAAUGAAUUUAUUUUAUAUAUAAUAAAAUGAUAAAUAUAUAUAUCCAUUAUUUUUUAAAUAAAGAUAAAUCAAUAAAUGAAAA